CCUGUGCCAAGUCAGUGCCAGCGGCGAUUCCUGCGAGACAGGAGAGCGCUGCAAAUAUUUAAACAAUUUUUUAUUCGAUAAAACAACAAUUUCACUCAGUGUUUACUCACUCCGGCGUACGGUGAAAGUCCUAUCCUCAUUAACGUGGGAAAUGCCCUCAUUGUUCCACCGAACAAUUUCAUGAGAUUAUCCAUUUUUAUCUAACUCAGUUCUAUUGUUCACGCAUUGGUUAACGGUUUUUUCCGUUUGCACAGAAGAAUCCGGAAAUUACGUGGAAAUUACGGAAAUUACGUUGGUAAAAUUGUCGUUUUUUUUUUUCAAUUUUUCGUUGUUUAUUCCGCGUGUGAAUAAGUGAAGGAGUGGGAUUUCCUUGUUUGAGGUGGAAAAGGGAGAUUUAGAGUUGAGGAUGAAACCACCGGCGUAUAGUAAUGAAGGAGUUCAACAAAUCUCUCAGGAAGAGGGUGAGAGAAAUGUUGCAACUGCCAUUUGCGUUCAAUUGGCUGGAAGGGCAAUUAUUCGAGUUGUUUCCAGGUGCGAAGAGGCACAGGACAAUUGUAAUUUAGAUUUGUCAGAAUGCCAGCUGAUGCAAGUGCCGGAUGCUGUUUAUCACCUGAUGCGGCAUACGGAGUUGAAAUCAUGCGAUUUAUCUGGCAACGUAAUAACAAAAAUUCCACCAAAAUUUGCGGUCAAGUUUUCACUCAUUACCGAGUUGAAUUUGAGUCAUAAUCAAAUGAGCAAAUUACCGGAAGAACUGGCGGAACUUCAGGAACUGGAGAGGCUCGAUAUUUCUCAUAAUUCAUUCAUUGCACUUCCACCUGUUACUUGUCGAAUACCACAAUUGAAACGACUGCUCGCCAACAAUAAUUCGAUUAUUGACGUGGACGUUGAGAGACUGCAACGAGCGCCUGCCCUGGAGUACGUCGAUCUCCGCGAGAACACGAUCCCUCCACGUAUUCACGACCUUCUUCUCGUCAAUCUUGGAAAAUUAAAGGUCGAACUGACUCCACGACAAGUCGAAGACUGGGAGGAUCUCAAUGUUUGAUUGUUACCAAAAAAACUCACUCCAUCAUGUAUGUCUUAAGAUAAUCCACUGAGAAAAGAAAAAUCUUUUCCAAAUUACAUUUACUCAUCCCAAAAAAAUUUAUUUGAUAUCAAAGUUUAGAUAAGAGUUGAGAUUUUUAAUUAAUUGAGAUUGUUAGUUAAUUUGUGGGAGGGGAUAUGUUCUCUUAUCUUUUGUUAAUUGUUUAGGGACGGAUUUUUUAAAUUGAAUUUCGAAUGUUUAUUUGGUAUCAUGUCUUGUGGAAUUAUUUAUAUAGAUUUACUGGUGGCAAGUAAAUAUAAUUGGCAAAAGACAUUUCUUUUUUUACUCUGGUCAUCAGCAAGGGCGUUUUAGUCUUUGCACUCCAGAAUGUGAGAGGAGAGUUGUCGAAAAGCGAAUGCAGUUAUUUUAUUAAGAGGAACAUCAAUUCGAUUUGUGAAAAAUAUUCGAACUCUAUGUGGAGAUUUACAACGAAAAUGGAAAUCUUUUUUCCUUUUCUGUGCACAUUGAAUAUUAAUUCGAUUAUUUAAUGUUAAUCGACUGAUCUUGAGGAUUUCUAAUUAAAACGCACGAGUUGUUAUUCAAUUCGUGUUUUAACAAUUAUUGAAAUGGCAUACUAGAAUUUCUAUAGAGUUUUUGCAGACGAAAUUCAAAUAAAAUUGGAUCGAAGAAUGAAAUUUAAUUAGAAAUUUUGAAUUUUUAGAGUUUAUAAAUCUUGAGGGUAAUUCGCACUUUAUAAAUAUUUGAUGGCUAUCAAAAUGUCGAGGUCGUACAAUAAAUUUCCUGCGCUUUUUUGGAACUUUUAAACAGUUCAUAAAACUUUGUAAAAUAACGCAGAAAAAUUCUUGUACAAUCAUGAACUUUUGGGAUAACAGAAUGAUAAAAUGCGAAAACGAUAUUUUUUGGGUUGACCCAAUCACUUCAUUAGAAAACUCUAAAAAAAAAAAGAGAAAAUCCUUACAAUACAGAAAUUUGAAUAAUUUAUCUGCUGUCUGAAUUUUCCGGAAAAGAAAAUACGAGAAAUUCCAAAGAACAUGAAAUUUUCAUCGUUUCUUAUAAAUCGGAAUCGCCAAUUGUUGUACUUAAUUCCCGCCAAAACAGAAAAAUUGACAUUUCGCGGAAUGACUUCGUUGAUUCGUAUUCUCCAAAUAAUUCAAUCCUUUUAAUGCAAACAUUUUUGAAUGAUUUUACCCACAAGAUUGAAGUGAAACAAAUUGGAUUGCAUUAAAUCUUCAAACCCUUGAAAUAUUUUAAAACAAUUUUAAAAUGAAAAUUUACAGAUUAUAGUAAUUAUAAUAUUCACAGUACUAUAUAUACAAUACGAUUGAAUGUUUAUGAGAAUACCUAUUAAACAAUUCCAUUGCGAAGUGAUGAAC